AUGGCCGACUUCCUUCAAAAAGUGCCCCUCCCCACCCUGGACCGGCCGUUUGGCGUCCACCUGUGGCCUCUGUUCGACAAGGCCUACGAGCAGGUCAUGGGUUACCCCGCCAGCGAGUUCAAGUUCAUCGAGGGCGUGACCCCGAUGUCCACCUUCAAGGCGACCGCGACCAUGCUGGUCACCUACUACAUCGUCAUCUUCGGUGGCCGUGAGGUCAUGAAGAAGAUGCCCGCCUUCAAGCUGAACACUCUCUUCAUGAUCCACAACUUCAUCUUGACCGCUGUCAGCGCUAUUCUCUUGGCUCUGUUUGUGGAGCAGCUCCUGCCCACUCUGGUUCGUAAAGGCGUCUUCUACACCAUCUGCGACCACAAGGGUGGAUGGACUCAGCCCCUCAUCAUCCUCUACUACUUGAACUACAUCAACAAGUACGUUGAGCUGCUUGACACCGUCUUCCUUGUCCUGAAGAAGAAGCCCCUGACUUUCCUCCACACCUAUCACCACGGUGCCACUGCUCUCCUUUGCUACACUCAGCUUAUUGGUCUGACCGCCGUGUCAUGGGUUCCCAUUACCAUCAACCUGCUUGUGCACGUUGUCAUGUACUGGUACUACUUCCAGAGCGCUCGUGGUGUCCGCAUCUGGUGGAAGAAGUACAUUACUAUGUUGCAGAUUCUGCAAUUCAUCAUUGAUCUGGGCUUCAUUUACUUCGCCUCCUACACCUACUUCGCCUCUACCUACUUCCCCUGGGCCCCCAACAUGGGCCAUUGCGCCGGUGAGGAAUUCGCCGCCUUCGCUGGUAUUGGCAUUAUCACCUCGUACCUGCUCCUCUUCAUUUCCUUCUACAUUGCUACCUACAAGAAGGAGACCAAGGUUGGCCGCCCCCGCCGCAACACCGGCAAGAAGUCCCUUAUCGAUAUGAAGAACUUCGAGACCAACGGCAAAGCCUCCAACGGUGCUGCCACUACCGGCCGCUCCAAUGGCCCCGUCACUCGCUCCCGCAAGGCCUAA